AACGCCGAGCCAUUUCAUUCAUCCGUUAUCAUUUGUAGACACCCCUGUACACUUUUUCAGGACUCUAAUAAUACUGUGGCGGAUCUUCACGAAAUUGAUUUAAUCUUUGGAUAUUCAUUUUUCACCAUUCCAAGACUAAGUCAGCAAUAAAUCAGAAUGGGGGCCAACAUGUUCUACCUGGCUGUAACACUUUUCUGUGUGUUGGGAGGAGCAUUCCUUGUCAAAGCCGACGGAGAAGCAACCACCCCCACGCCAGCUCCAACUAUCGCAACAGAAAUGACGACAGAUGGCGUUUCCACUUCUGGCCAUUCCACUUCUGGCAAUUCAAGUUCUGGCUCGACUGGAAAUAUGACAACCAGCAUGGUAACUGAAGCUGCAGGGAUUACCAGUGGUGGAGGGAAUGUGCAAUGCCUGGUUUGUACAGGAGACAUGGAUAGUACCUGUAACAGUGAUGAACCUGUCAGCUCUAUGACCGGUAUCGUAAGGGUGGAUACAUGCCGAUCUUGCAGGGUGAACAAAGUUGAUGGUGGAAAGGACACAAACAUCACAGCGAUCUCACGGCUAUGUAACAUGACUGACGCCUGUCCAUCGGACCUCGCUGACCCAAUGGAUUUCCGAUGCAACGAGGCCGCCUCCAUCCGUGCCUGUGAAUGGUGCUGUGUCGGUAACAGCUGCAACAACUUUAAUCGCAACGGCGGCAACGCCCUGGUGGCAGGGCUGGUCAUCGACGGCUGGUCAACCAACAAACUACUCUACGUUGUCAUGUCCGCGAUGGCGGUAUCGAUGUCCAUCCCAACCAUGGGGUAAAGCCACAGAGGCUGAGGCGUAGUGGGAACGGUUCGAAUGGAGGUAUCGGAUAGGCGAGGGGGGGGGGGGGGGGGUGAAACCAAAAUCAUUUUCUGGUAAAUUUGGAGGGGUAGGCCUUUACUGGAGUGUAUUUUUAUUCUGCAGGGGGUGGGGGUUCUUACCACAGCAAAAUAUCAUGUAGACAAAUCAAGUUUCUGAUAUCGAUCCAUCCAUAGAAAAACAAAAAAAUUCAACGCUCUUUAUUUUGUAACAGACAAUUAGAGCGCCCACAGAUCUUGACAAUGGAGAUAGAUUCAUCAAUACUUAAAACGUAAGGCCCUACGAGGUCGAUUAAAUGAUCAUUAAUUAUGUAAACAUCGUCCUUCUAACAGCACACCUUCGACUGGAGACGUUGCCUUUGACGUAGUGAGUGUAUGUUCCCGUAAAUCUCUGCCAAGGGAUUGGGGGGGGGGGGGAGGGGUAAGACUGGAUGCAAUAUCACAACUUAGACAAGAAAAUAAAGAGAUAAAAAA